UGUGCUGGGGUCACCCAUUAAGAGCCUAAUAGGCAAGCGUGGGUAACCUAAAAAGCGUAAGUACCGCCUAAGUUCCAGGUCACUUGCAUCCCCGGAUUUGACGCCGCUUCCGUCGAUCCGCAUGUCCAAAUCUUUCACAACUUGACAACUUCUCGAUACCCAAUACAUGCUCAUUUAUGGAUGCCCUGGUGGCUCUUCUUCUGACUGCAUUUCCUGUGCAGCCUCACCGCAUGAACCCAGACGCAUGCUCUCGCUACCUGUCCCAAUGAUGGCUCUUCCUGCGAGCCAUGACUGCUGUCCAUCCACAUCGAACACUAGCUUUGUCGUCAUUGACGGUCGGCAUGUGAGCGGGUGCCCUUGAUGCGACAAGGGGAAAGACCAUGUCUGAUCUGGUCCAACUAUCUGAGAAGCAAAAUCUCCCUCCUCCACCGGCGCCGCCUCUUCCACCAAGUCGACUCGGCCAAUUGCAGAGGAUCAUUGCACCAUGGGGAAAACACAUUGGCGCAAAGUCUCAUGGCGGCCCAGCACAGGGCGAUGGUGAUCGCGCGCUGCGCCAAAUCACGGGCAUACAAGAUUACAGUCCUUUGUCGUCCCAAACAGCCACCCACCGUACCGGCAUACCUAUCGCGGCGCUCGAUAUCAACCAGUCUGGAACACAUGCCAUCCUAGCCGGAAAAGAGAUACUAAAGACUGUACAUGUUCAUGAAGGCAAGGUCACCGAGGACUUGAAUCUUCGUGCGGCUAUCAACUCUUAUGCUUCGGCCUAUACCUCGCCCCAGUCAAACCGGGCUAGCAAGCGCAGGGAAUAUCUACCUGCAAGAGACGUACGAUGGUCAACAGGUGAUUGGGCACAUAUCAUAGCGACCGCAGCGACAAAUGGCCGCAUCGCUCUAUACGACCUCAAAGCCUCGGGACUGAAGACCGAGCUUGCCUGGCUUCAUGAGCACACCGGCCAGAUAAACAAGCUGGAUUUCGAUCCUUUUGCGGGAUACCUCUUACUGUCUGCUAGCCAAGAUAAGUCAGUCCGACUAUGGGACAUGCGAGAACCCAAGCCUGAAAAGUCGCGCCUGCGUUUUGACAUUCGAAGCGCUGUCCGAGAUGUUCGGUGGUCUCCUGUAGACCCGUUGGACUUUGCAAUCUGCGCCGAUGGUGGAAUGAUCCAGAAAUGGGAUGCACGCAACCCAUCUGCUCCGAAGUUGAGUAUCAGUGGCCAUGAUAAAGCAUGCUACUCUCUCGACUGGCACCCAGAUGGCCGUCAUGUGAUAUCAGGCGGAUUCGACAAAUUUGCCAGAGUGUGGGAUUUUCAAAGCGACAACAGGCGGCAGAAGCCGGUCCUCCAGUUUCGAGCUCCUCAUGCAAUCAGAAAUAUCAGAUGGAGGCCUGUUUGUGAAACUACGGACACAACGGGUCCUAGUCAUUGGCAGAGCACCCAAGUCGCAAUAUCCUAUUACCAUGAAGAUCCACGUCUUCACAUCUGGGAUCUCCGGAGGCCACAGCUCCCUUUCCGAGAACUCGAUCGAUUUGACACCCCCGCGAACGAUCUCUUGUGGGCUAACAAGGAUAUGCUCUGGAGUGUCGGCGACCAAGGCAUAUUUACGCAGUGGGAUGUCAAGCAUGUCAUGCCAUUAUGCAACCAGCUGCCACCAUCAGCUUCGACUUUCAUGCCGGACGGAGAAUACUACACCUUUUCUGAGGAUCGAGAAUCGCAGCGGCUGUCAAGUCGUGAUGAUGCGGCUCUGGGAUUCUUGAGCAUCCCACAAGAUAAGAUAAGCGGUGGUGACGACGGCGUUAACAGUCGCAGCCUCACAGAUGACGAGGGGCUCCAUGAAACCAUGAAUGCAAGCAGUUCCCGAAGACACGACAAGGGUUUUAUAUCCUCAAAAUCCAACAAGUCUCAAGCUAACAGUCCGCCUUCGACCGAUGAUAAACUGAGAGUCAUUCCCUUAGACCAGACAAUCAAUGACCGGCCCGGCUUGCUUAGCAAUGAUCAAGUGGGUUCGGCAGGCUAUAUUCAAGGUGUGGCCGCAGAACCAGAAAUUGUCGAGUAUCUUGCUUCAAAUUAUGCGUGCCCAUCUACAGAGGACGAGAAGAUGCGGUCUCCAGAUGAUAUCCUUUAUCGUCUAGAGGAUGCAUUUCACCAGAAUGCGGCUGCAUGUGACGCUGUAUCGAUGCAUCGUAUGUCACAAUCCUGGAGAAUCUUGGCCGCAGUCAUUGUUCCCGAACUCAAGGACUGGGCGGACGCCAACCGCGCGAAGCGAAGAGCCGAUGCUGCUCGAAGACGCCAGGCAUUGGAAAAUUUCCGAUCUGGAGUGAGCAGUCGACCUGGACUAUCGCCGUUGGCCGGGUUGCCCCAUCGAGGAUUCACUUCGAAGGGUGAAAGUAAGCCACACCACUUGAUGAGCAGUCUCUUCAAGGGCGCCGGGGGAACGGAGCGUAAAAUCUCUGGAAUGGAUAUAGAUAGUACAUCCAACAUGACGACACCUCUUGCCAAACCCCUACCUGACUCUCCAGCUUCUGAUCGUAAACGGUGGAGUCAAACCAGCAGCGAGGACAGCAUCGACGAUAUCGCACCACUCCCGCCUUCUGUUUUGAGCUCUCACUCAACUGCGGCUGUUGCAGCUCGUGCCCUGCUUGACAAUGAAAGGCAAGUAACAACAUCCGCGCCAUCCUCGCCAGAGCUCGCCAGGCCUCAACAGUCACCGAGAAAUCAACCGAGGAGUGAGCCUGUCGUAGCAGUCAAAUCUCCAGAACAGCCUACAAAGGAGUCGCCACGAAACGGCAUGGGAGUAAGGGGCGGAGGCAGCCAACAACAGACCCAGGAAGAACGAAGGGCGGCGCUGAAAGAUUACCGCGUACAAGCCAGGCCAAUAUUCACCUUGGAUGAGUCAGCCAACACGCCCGCCUCGAUGGGCAGGCAUGAUUCCGGGGAAAGCUUUCCCAUGUUUUCCGCAUCAACGGACAGCUCACACAAGGCACGAUCUCUUGGCCGAUCCCUAGAAUCUCCUCACGGCGGUGGUCGUGUAUCUGUAUCGAGCCAGGGAGGGAAGGUCGACCACGAUUCUGACCUCGAUGAAGACUCUGGGGAUUCGUCGCCACAGAAGACUCAGAGCAAACGGCCAAGGCUGACGCAAGAUCCAAGCGACAUGUCCGAGGGUCAGGAGAGUCGCGAUUCUGGUGUGGAAACGCCACUGGACAUGAGUUUUGGAGUUUACGAUGCUGGUCAUGCUGCGAUCCCAGUAAGUGUCGACGAAGACAAAACUCAGUGGCACGCCCAGCCUGAACGAGAGCUUCUUUUAGCUUGUCAGCUUGACACAGCAAUGUCGUCGUCGCCGGAUAUAUUUCAUUUCGAGGAAAACGCGUCAAUCAUCAGGCCGCAGAUACACACUUCGAAUCCCAUGCGACUGAAUGAUACCAAAGAUGUCAGCACUAGUGACGCUCCGAGAGGAAGUGGUUUGUCAAGCAUCGUCUCCAUUGAUGAGCUGGACAGUGAGGCAUACCUCUAUCAGGAUUUCCGUCCCAUCGAUUUGUCCCGGUAUGAGCCAAAGCUUCCCUUCGCAUGGUCGUCAUUGCCAUUGAUCUGUCAAAGCAUCGCUUAUGAUGUGGACAACGGAAUUGGCCACGGACAGUUUGCGGCUCACCUUCUGAUGCAUGUCCACCCUUACUUUUUCCACGCUAGCUUUCGGAAGCUCCAAAGGGCCGAGAAAGAUGAGUUCGAAAGGCUUGCAGACCGGUUGAUGACACCACAUCUCGGGUAUCGUAUAAUUGAAGGUAUUUUUGAAAAUCACCUAUUAUUUCUGAAGCAGAUGGGCAUCUUUCAAUCAGCGGCACUAGUUCGAAAAUUGUGCGUGGAACUCGACUAUCCCAGAUUGUACACUACCACGGACGGUAACAACAAGGCUGGCGCCAGUCUCAACGACGGAGAUCCUACAAGGUUGACCAUUGUUUGCAGCACUUGCCAAGGUCCGAUGGCUUCUGGCCACAGCGUAUGUGAGCGGUGUCAGCAGUCCACAUCGGUGUGCCCGAUUUGUCAGUCAUUGACUGAGGAUGAAGCCUGCGGCCCGUUGACUCAGCCUAUGAUUAGCAACAUCGUUGCCUGGGGACGGAAUAAAAACAUGUGGCUGUUCUGCCAUGCCUGCGGCCAUUCUGGGCAUGUGACAUGUUUGAUGGAAUGGUUCGCUCAACCUUUCAGCGAAGGAACAUGUCCAACUCAAGGCUGCGGUUGCGACUGCGGGCCGGGCUUCACGCGCCAGAAGCGAGUCCAGCAACACAUCAAACAGGAAGAGGAAGCGAGACUCAUACGUGGCUCCGGGUCAGGACGCGGCUCCGCUAAGCGUGAUCCUUUGCAAGCUACAGCUAGUCCUGCAGUUGACAAAGCUAGAGUUUCACUUCGGAACUCUGUGGAUGGUGAACGAGGUACCCAAAGCAGUGAUGAACGGAGUUUGACCGGCAGGCGGGAAAGCAGUCGAGGUCGUAUGGCAGGCUUCAGCAGUUCACGAAAAAGUGUUCGAUUGGUCACGCCAGGCGAAGAGAGCGCACAGUCCUACCAGUCAAGAUAUUGAGUCUGCAACCAGGUCACCAAAUAACGACGAACCCAACCCUUAGCUGUCGUCCCUUCUCCACGACCAAACGAGAUGUUGCACUCGAUAAAGGCCACCAACCACAUUGUUAGCUAUUCAGCGCCAGAAACAGUCAGCCCACGACAACCCUUUCUCAACACAAGUCGGGAUAGGCGUUGAAUACGUCAAGUUGAUGGUUUGCAGCCGAAUUAUACCAAAGCUCAGCCAGUCAGGACAAGAGUGGAGCCAAGAUGGCACCACCGGCUUCUGUCCGAAAAGCUAGUAUGCCCGUCGAUGGACGUGAGUUACGGAU